UUAAAAAGAUUUGUAUUUACAAAUUAGAAUUCUAAUUAAAUUAUUAAACUAUAAAUCGUCUUAUCAAUUAUUGUUCUAAAAAUUGGACAUUAUAAUUGUAAAUUGAUUAAGAGAAGAUCAAAGAAGAGUGGUUGAUGAGGAUAAAUCCUCAGUAUCAUAAUAGUACUUUCAAAUAAAAUAUUAGUGCAUAUGUCGAUGCCAGCAACCACAGUCGCAGUAAAUUUAUGCGGUGAAGAUUCCGCAGAAGAGACAGGUGAAACCAUCAAUGAGAAGAGGCAGGAUAUUCUGAGCACGUUUAAAAGAAAAGCCUGUAACAGGAUUAGUUUUAAGGGCGAGUCGGGUCCUCUGCUAAGGUAUCGCCAAACCAGAUUUAGUUCCAGAAGAGUUCGAAAAAGAGUUGUUUUUAAACACGGUGACUGUAAUGUUGUACAAGGAAAUGUUGCCAAACGACGUCGGCGAUAUCUUCAGGAUAUUUUUACAACACUGGUAGAUGCGCAAUGGCGAUGGACACUCUUAGUAUUUUCUAUGAAUUUCUUAUUAUCUUGGUUGGGGUUCGCACUUAUAUGGUGGUUAAUCGCAUACAGUCAUGGUGAUCUGGAUCUCAACAAUUAUAAUAAUCAAACAUUCAUUCCCUGUGUCAUGGAUAUACGCAGUUUCACUAGUUGUUUCCUUUUCUCCGUCGAGACACAGCAUACAAUCGGAUACGGGGCGAAGCAUAUGACGGACGAAUGUCCUGAAGCAAUUUUCAUCCUAUGUAUCCAAUCGAUGACCGGAGUAAUUCUACAGGCGUUUAUGGUCGGCAUCGUGUUUGCCAAGCUAUCGCGCCCUAAAAAGCGCACACAAACGUUGCUCUUCUCGCGCAAUGCUGUUAUCUGUCAACGAGACGGCCAGCCCUGCCUCAUGUUUCGGGUUGGUGAUAUGCGCAAAAGCCACAUCAUCGAGGCCCACGUUCGUGCCCAGAUGAUCAAGAGAAAAAUUACGAAGGAAGGUGAAUUAUUGCCAUUUUUCCAGACGGAAUUGCAAGUAGGAGGCGACGGGGAGGAGGAUAAGAUUUUUUUCAUAUGGCCCACUACGAUUGUUCAUAAGAUCGAUCAACAUUCGCCACUUUAUAAGAUAUCAGCCAGCGAUAUGUUGCAAGAGCGGUUCGAGAUCAUCGUGAUGUUGGAAGGAGUGAUUGAAUCUACUGGCAUGACAACGCAAGCGAGAAGCUCGUAUUUGCCAUCGGAGAUUCUGUGGGGUCAUCGAUUCCAAUCCAUUAUUUCCUUUCGGAAAGACACCGGCGAAUACGAAGUCAAUUACAGCCUUUUUAAUAACACUUACGAGGUGGAUACUCCACUUUGCUCUGCUGCCGAUCUCGAUCGUAUUCGAACAAUACAUCGCGAUAUAAAAGCUGAACGUCUUAACUCAAGUCCGUUUCCGGAAUAUCGUGACACUUCCAGUAACAAUUCAUUAACUAUGACUUCUGGAUCGAGUUUGCAAUCUUCAACUGGCGGGUUACACAUACAAGUGUCAACGCCAACAUCUAUCAAUCCGAUUCCGGUACUGAUUACCGCACCAGAUGGUUUUUGUAGACGAGAGAGCAUCAACGUGCAUUCCGAUAUGCCACAAUCACAUUUUUACGCUCAAAAUAAGUUAAUAAAAGAGGAACACGAUAUCGAGAACUCAAAGGAUCAAAAUCACGAUCCUGUUCUAGAAAGUAUUAAUGCAUCCUCAGAGACAAGCAUGGAACAAAACGAGAAGGAAAACAGAAUGCAACAAAGUGAAUCAAAAACGACAUUAGAUUCGAGAAGGAAUGAAGAAGUAAGCUUCAGAUCACUCACAGAUCACUCCAGAUCAAUCACAGAAGAAGAUAAAAAAAGCGAUCUAGUAAAGUUUUGUAAAAGCAAUCCGGAUAUUAGACAAAGGAGUUUUGCGGAUUUUACAGAAAUACAGUAUCCUAGUACAUUUAGAAGAUCCAGUUUAUGCGAUGACUAUAAAGAAAAAAAUGUUUGCAAAAAGACAAGCUUUGUUUCUAAGGAGAAAACGCUUACAAAUUGUACAAGUCUAACCGAGCAAAGAUAGGAUUUAUGCAUAGGAUAUAUGAACCCGAAAUUUUGAUAUAAGAUUUAAAUCUUAUAAAGGAUGAUAUAUAUUAAGUAAAAAUAAAUAAAUUUAGAAUACACUUUAUUUAUAUGAGUCUUUGAUUUCGAAAAAAUCAACUUUGAAAAUUGGUAAUUUAGUAACAUAUUUAUAUUGUUUUAAGUUUAAAUAAUCUCUAAUUUAUGAAUCUCUAUAAAAAUAAUAAGUUAUUGAAGAAGCUAUAUGCAAA